UAAAGCGAGGGGCAGAGCUGUGGGAUCACAGCAGUUGAAGCACUGAGACUGAAACAACAGGAUUGUUAAAUAACAUUGCAUAAAGGAGAAGUAAGAAAAAGGAUGGAAGACCACAACAAGGAGACAGGAGAGAAACGAGAGGAUACAACUCACACUCUCAUUAUAAAUAGGACUAUGACACAGGGCACUAAUGCAGCAGGGGCUUCCCAGUCACCCUCUAUUGUCCAAGGUCCAGCUGACACUUCUUCAAAGAUAAAACCAAACCCUAAGGUCCCAUCUGGCCUUGGCACAGAUAACACAGAAAAUGCAAUUAAGCCAACUCUGCAGAUAACAUCUAGCACCUUCACUGUCAAGAAUGGUGAGGAGCUGAAAGUCGAGGUUCCAGUAGCUGGGCAACCAGCACCAAAGAUUGAAUGGAAAAAAGAUGGCCAUGCAGUUAAAGAGACAUCAAGGCUAGAGAUUGCAAAUACACCUGCGUUAACAGUUCUGCAUAUAAGACAUGCUGCCAGGGAGCACUUUGGUCAUUACUCGGUCACAGCAAGCAACAGUGCUGGACAGGUAUCAGGAGAAAUCACUGUGGUUGUUCUUGAAAAGCCAGAUCCACCCACAGGGCCUGUGAGGAUUGAUGAGGUCAGUUCUGACUAUGUUACCAUCUCCUGGGAGCCACCUGAAUACACAGGAGGCUGUCAGCUCGACAACUACGUAGUGGAGAAACGUGAAGUUACAAGUACAGAGUGGCAGACUGUGUCCGCAACAACAGUAAGAACCACAAUCAAAGUCACCAAGCUGAAGACAGGAAGAGAAUACCAAUUCAGAGUGUUUGCCGAAAACAAGUAUGGAAAGAGUACUGCUAUUACCACUCCUAUUGUAAUUGCACAAUAUCCAUUCAGCACACCUGCUGCCCCUGGCACUCCCAUUGUGUCCACCGUGACAAAGUACAGCAUGGUUGUGGAAUGGCAGCCUCCAGCCAAAGAUGGCGGCAGUCCUAUCAUUGGCUAUCACCUUGAACGCAAAGAGAAGAACAGCAUUUUAUGGACCAAGCUGAACAAGUUUGUUAUACCCGACGCUCGCUUCAAAACAAGUGGACUGGAGGAAGGUAUUGAGUAUGAAUUCAGAGUCUUUGCUGAGAAUAUUGCUGGACUAAGCUCAUCCAGCAAGAUAUCUGAUUGUUAUGUAGCACGAGACCCCUGUGAUCCGCCUGGUAAGCCUGAGGCUGUUGUCAUUACAAGAGAGAACAUCACACUUAUGUGGGAAAAACCCAGGUAUGAUGGCGGAAGCUCGAUUACAGGAUACGUUGUUGAAAAGAAGGACCUCCCAGAUGGAAGAUGGAUGAAGGCAAACUUCACUAACGUCAGUGAAAAUCAAUUCACAGUCACAGGUCUGACAGGAGGCCAAAGUUAUGAGUUUCGAGUAAUUGCCAAGAAUGGUGCUGGUGUUUGGAGCACACCGUCAGAGAGUGUAACCAUCAUCGCUCAAGAUGUUAUUGAAGGACCCACAGCAUUCAUUGAUCCUAAGUUCAAGAGUACUACUGUAGUUCAGGCAGGGGAGACAUUCGUUAUAGAUGCUGAUUACUUUGGAAAGCCCCUUCCUGAAGUAAUAUGGUUUAAGGAUGGAAAAGAAAUUGACAAAGCUACACCAAGAAUUGAGGUCAAAAACACCCUCACUCACACAACACUUACUGGGAGGGACUGCACACGAGUGGAUGGGGGCCAGUAUUUAUUGAGACUUAUUAACAUUGGUGGAACUACAUCUAUGCCAGUUAAUGUGAAGGUCCUGGACAGACCGGGUCCUCCCGUUGGACCUCUGAGGGUAAAAGUCGUCAGUGCAGAUAAGUGUAAUCUUCACUGGAAUCUCCCUUUAAAUGAUGGUGGUGCUUGUGUUUCCCACUAUAUCAUUGAAAAAAGGGAGACCAGUCGUGUUACAUGGACAGGGGUUGAGGAUCAUGUUGAAGCGCUCAGUUACAAAGUGACUAAGCUGGUGCCUGGAAAAGAAUAUAUCUUCAGAAUCACUGCUGUGAAUAAAUUUGGCGUUGGUGAAUUUUUGGAAUCAGACCCUGUCGUGGCUCAGAAUCCCUUCACAACACCAAGGGCACCCUCUACCCCUACAGUCAGUGCUGUGACUGGUGACUCCAUAGCACUAACGUGGGAAAGGCCAGAGAAUGAUGGAGGUUCUGAGAUUGAUGGCUACAUCCUGGAGAGACGUGACAAAGAGGGUGUCAGGUGGACUAGAUGUAACAAAAGAAGACUGAAUGAUUUACGUUUUCGUUGCACAGGACUCACAGAGGGACAUUGCUAUCAGUUUAGGGUACUGGCAGAAAAUGCUGCCGGUCUGGGCACACCCAGUGAGCCAAGUGAGUAUAUAAAAGUCUGUGAAGCUACAUACCCACCUGGUCCUCCUACUAACCCUAAAGUGACAGAUUAUUCCAGCAGCAGUGUGUCUCUGGCAUGGUCAAAGCCUAUCUAUGAUGGUGGAGCAGGCAUCAAUGGAUUUUUAGUUGAGAUGAAAGAAACAGCAGAGGAUGAGUGGAUUACAUGUACUCCAAGCACAGGUGUAGAGGAAACAAAUUACACCGUGAAGAGACUGAAAGAAAAUGCAGAGUAUAAUUUUCGUAUACGUGCCCUGAAUGCCGUUGGCGUUGGUGAGCAUAUGGAUGUACCUGGGUCAGUAAAAGCCACCGAAAAACUGGAGGCACCUGAAAUUGAGCUGGACACUGCCCUGAGGAAGAUUGUGAAUGUUCGAGCUUGUUCCACAUUACGUCUCUAUGUCAACAUCAAAGGAAAUCCAGAGCCUGAAGUUAAAUGGACAAAGGAAAGUGGACCUCUCAGUGAGCGUGCUCAAAUUGAGGUUGCAAGUUCACACACAGUGCUAUUAAUUGAAAAUGUAAAUAGAAAUGACACGGGAAAGUAUGUCUUGACUGCUGUGAAUUGUAAUGGCACUAAAUCAGCAUUCAUCAACGUCAGAGUAUUGGACUCUCCCAGUGCACCGACAAACCUAGAGGUCAAGGAUGUAAAGAGAGACUCUGUGACCAUCUCUUGGGAGGCACCUCUUAUUGAUGGAGGAGCAAAGAUUUUGCACUACAUUGUAGAGAAGCGAGAAGAGGCUAGAAAGGCCUUCACAAGUGUCUGUAGCAGCUGUGUGAGAAAUUCAUACAAGAUUGACAACCUCCAGGAAGGUUCAUUUUAUUAUUUCCGUGUCCUGGCUGAAAACGAGUUUGGGACUGGACAGCCAGCGGAAAUCCUUGAGGCUGUUAAAGUGUCUGAGGCUCCUCUGCCUCCUGGCAAAAUCACUGUCGGCGAUGUCACUUGUCAUAGUGUGAAACUCUCCUGGGAAAAACCUGAACAUGAUGGAGGAAGCAAAAUCACAUGCUAUGUUGUAGAAAUGCAAACUGAGGGAGAUGAAACAUGGACAAUAUGUUCAGAAAGUAAAUCACUAGAGGUGACCAUCAAUGGACUGACAAAAGGAAAAGAAUACUUCUUCAGAGUGAGUUCUAAGAAUGAAAAGGGAAAAAGCGAACCAAAGUCCCUGUUCACACCGGUUUCUAUAAAGGAUACUAGUGCUGGGCCCCUUAUUACGUUGCUUUCCAACACAUUCAGUGUGAAGGCAGGGAAUGAUAUAAGGAUUGAUGUUCCAUUCAAGGGAUUGCCAGUACCAAUGGUAGCCUGGAAAAAAGACGGCAACAUGCUUAAAGAGACAAGCAGGGUAAAUGUGCACACAUUUGACACAUCAUCUCAACUUGUUAUCAAAGAUGCUACCAAGAUUGACGUGGGUGUGUAUGAGGUGAUGCUGACCAACUCAGUAGGGAGUACAUCUGCUGAAAUUUAUGUUAAUGUUUUUGAAAGACCUGGACCGCCAAGUGUCUUCAGUGUGGAUGACGUGAGUGCUGACUAUGUGUCACUGUCAUGGCAGCCCCCACAUUAUACCGGUGGAUCUCCAAUCAGUAACUAUGUUGUUAAAAAGAGAGAUAUGGGGAGCACUGUGUGGCAAACUGUGUCAGCUACAGUUGCAAGGACAUCAAUCAAAAUCUCCCGUCUAACACAGGGGACUGAAUAUCAGUUUUGUGUUGCUGCAGAGAAUCGCUAUGGCACAAGCCAAUUUGUUGAAUCUGACCCUGUCAUUGCUCAGUACCCCUUCAACCCCCCUGGUCCACCGACCAACCUGCAAGUUGUGCAGGCCUCAAAGUCGAUCAUGGUCAUUGCUUGGAGCAAACCGGACACUGAUGGUGGUAGCCCUAUCGUCGGAUAUCACAUUGAAUGCAAAGAUCAAAGCAGUAUUCUGUGGACAAAGUUGAACAGAAACCUGGUGACAGAGAAACAGUUCAAGGUAACAAGUGUUGAAGAAGGCCUGGUAUAUGAAUUCCGGGUCUGCGCUGAGAACAUGGCAGGUGUUGGACCCUUCAGUAACACAUCUGAUCCUGUUGCAGCACGUGACCAGUGUGAUCCACCUCGCAACCUCACAGUCACCAAUAUAACCAACAGCUCAGUUUCCCUCUCAUGGGAUAAACCUGAAUAUGAUGGUGGAGCUAAAAUAACUGGGUACAUCGUUGAGCGUAAAGAGCUGCCGGAGAGUUGUUGGCUCAAGUGCAACUUCACCAACUUACAGGACACCUUCCUGGAGGUGACUGGCCUCACAGAAGAUGAACAGUAUGAUUUCCGUGUGACUGCAAAGAAUUCAGCAGAGCUCCUCAGCGUGCCCUCUGAAACCACAGGACCUGUUACUGUGCAGCAUGAUGUAGAGCCACCUAAAAUUAUACUGGAGGACAAACUUAGACAGUUGGUCAUUGUGAAAGCAGGAGACUUCCUAAGAUUAGAUGCUGACAUAUCUGGCCGCCCCAACCCUACAGUUUUUUGGCUGAAGAAUGGUAGAAAUAUUGGGGCCAAGGGAAGGAUUGAGAUAACUGCAACAAAGACACAUACAUCUCUCCUCAUACGAGAAAGUGUUAGGAAAGACUCUGGACAGUAUACUUUAACCCUACAGAAUACAGGUGGUACCACAUCUAAAGCUAUCACCUGCAAGGUCCUGGACAGACCAGGUGCACCUGCUGGACCUCUGGAAGUGUCUGGACUUGCAGCAGAGAAAUGCACUCUGUCGUGGGGACCUCCUCAUGAGACUGGUGGUGCUGAUAUCAUGUACUACAUUGUUGAGAAAUGUGAAACCAGCCGUGUUUCCUGGACUCUGGUGUACAGUGACAUGAUGGCAACAACUUGUAAAAUUACCAAGUUGGUCAAAGGAAAUGAAUACCUCUUUAGAGUGAGGGCAGUGAACAAAUAUGGGGAGGGGGAGAAUUUGGAAAGUGAGGCAAUUAGGGCCGUAGAUCCCUUCACUAUCCCAUCUGCUCCAAUGGACAUCGAGGUCACAAGUGCAACCAGUGACGCCAUGACAAUCUGCUGGAAGAGACCCACUUCUGAUGGAGGUAGCCGCAUCAGUGGCUACAUCAUUGAAAAGCGAGAGAAGCAGGGUGUACGAUGGGUAAGAGUCAAUAAAAAGCCAGUGUAUGACUUAAGAGUAAAAGCCUCCUGUUUGCAUGAGGGAUGCGAGUAUGAAUUCAGAGUCUUUGCUGAGAAUGCUGCAGGGUUAAGUGAACCCAGUUCCCCGUGCCCACUAACGAUGGCAGAGGAUCCCAAGUUUCUCCCCUCCCCUCCAGCAAAGCCAGCCAUAGUUGAUUCAACCAGAUCCUCGAUCACUCUAUCAUGGAACAAGCCUCUGUUUGAUGGAGGAGCAGCAGUUACAGGGUAUAAAGUAGAGUUUAGAAAAUCAACAGAAGAAGACUGGGCUGUUGCCGUUCAUAACACAGAAAAAACAGAGCUCACUGUAACAGGACUCACAUCAGGGGCUGAAUAUGUUUUCAUUGUUCGAUCCAUAAACAAGAUUGGUGUCAGUGAGCCCAGUCCUGAAACAGAUCCUCAUGUAGCUGUUGAAAGAGAGGAGGAGCCCAGGUUUGAUGUUAGCACUGAGAUGAGGAAGACGCUACUUGUAAGAGAAGGCAGCUCCUUCACUUUGACUGUGCCUUUCACAGGCAAACCUGCACCCAGUGUAUCGUGGGACAAAGCAGAUGUAGAUCUGAGAAUCAGGGCACUAAUCAACACCAGCAGCUCCACCACCUCUGUGACAGUGGAACAGGUAACACGUGAUGACUCUGGUAAAUACAUUGUCAAACUGCAAAAUAUCGCCGGCUCUGCCUCUUUGACCCUAAAUGUAAGGGUUUUGGAUUCUCCCGGUCCACCAACUGGAAUUGUAGUUAAGGAUGUGACCAAGACCUCUGCCACUGUUACCUGGGACAUACCUGAGAAUGAGGGAGGAGCUCCUGUCAAGAACUACCUUCUGGAUAUACGGGACAUCAGCAGAAAAGGGUGGAUGAGACUUACAGAUAAAUGUCGCCGACUGUCCUACAAGGUGUCUGACCUAGAGGAGGGAGGAAUCUACUUCUUCAGAGUCACUGGGGAAAAUGAGCAUGGGAUUGGUGUUCCAGCUGAGACCAAGGAGGGAACAAAAAUUACAGAUACAACAGAUUUGGAGACAAAUCCAGGGGCUUAGCUUGCUAGUCAUCUCGUGAUCAUCUUGUCCUGAAUUGUGUGUUUCUAUUUAGAAAAUGUUUAUGAAUUAAUACAUUACCAAACAUUGCUGUUUUGUGGACAUAUAUUUGAGAUUUAAUGAUUGUAUAUUAUAAAGUCAGAUAAAUGUCACAACUGAUUUUAUUUGUAAAAGUGAAAUGCACUGAAUCAUUUUGUUUAUUUUGCUGCAAACAAGAACAUAUUUUUGUUUUAUUUGUGGUAGCAUUGCAAUAAAAUAUAGAUAAAUAGAAA